AUGACUGAUUUGCAAUCAAGUAAUAAUGUGGCUUUCCCUGAUGCGAAUGGAAAUAACACAAGUAAACUGGUUCAAAGUUUGCUAGAAUCUGCUAAGAAUCUGCCAAGUAGCUCAUCAGAAUUAGGAUCAAUUCAACUAAGUGUCAACGAAGUAAGACGGAGAGUAUCUCAACUUCGCAGCAAAAAGCCUUCAACCAACGAUAAUACUGGCGCAUACUAUCUCUUAGCUGGUGAUGGUCUUGUACUAGAAGACAUAAAUUCAGUUGUCAAUGAGCUGAAAGGUCAAAAAUCAAAAAGGCCAAGGCCAAUUGAAAUAGACAACGAAAUUGUUGAGGUGGGAUUCACCAAUAGGGAGGAAGACAUACUGUCUUCUAUUGAGAAACAACUGCUAUUUGCAGCUCAUGAUUUCGACAAUAGUAUCAACAAGACGUUGAAAUUAGACUGGAGUCACAAAAAGCAAAAGAUAGAGGAUAAUUUCAGAGCAUUAAUACAGAGAAGAAAACAAUCAAAGCAUGUUCACCAUUCUUUAUCAGCAGUCGAGAACGCUGAAUCAACACUUGGUCUGAAAACCCCAACAUACAACAUCAACAGUAAUUACGAUGAGAGAAUUAAAUUUGAACAAUAUGCUAAGAUAAUUGAGAAAUUCAACCAAUCUUGCUUGGAUAAGUCAAAUCACAGUACGACACUACUAGGGGAGAUGCUGGACAACUUUCAAAAGAGGGGCUUGAACAAUGGAAAUAAUCUUCAAUUCAUGGAUGCUCUUAGCGUAUUAGUUGAUCAUCAAAGAGGUGCAAAUUACGAUCAUAAAGUCAGUAUGAAAUAUUUGGAGUCUGAGUUGUGGUCUUACAUAGUCGAUCUAGGACAUCACAAUUAUAACUCCCAGUUGCUGGAAAAUACGGUGGAUUAUAUCAAGAUCUUUAUUGACAAAAAGCUAAAAAACCAUGAUGGUACAUGGAAGGUUCCUAAUCUGGUAAUGGCUAAUGAAGAUCCACUAUGGAUGAUUGCCUUUUAUCUACUUCGUUCAGGCCAUAUUAGUGAAUGUAUUGAGUACCUAAAUUCUAUGAAAACAUUUCUGAAAAAAAUUGAACAACCCAUUAUCACAUAUUUGAAAGCAAAAGCUGCGAAUGAGAAUGGCCAAUUAACAGGAGACUUCUUGAAUAAAAUACAGAUGGAAUAUAACCAACACAUUAAGAGUAGCAUUGAUGGAGACCCUUACAGAAAUGCUUUAUACAGAAUCGUUGGGCGUUGUGAUCUUUCAAGAAAAAAUUUCUCGUCUAUCACUUUUAGUAUUGAAGAUUGGCUCUGGCUACAUUUAUGCUUGGUAACAAACGAACCAAAAAAAUUAGAAAAGUCAACCCAGUACUGUCUUUCAGAUCUUCAGAAUCUAAUUGUCUCCUAUGGAUCUAAUAAAUUUGCAAAUUCAUAUUUGAAAAUUUUAGUUCUUACAGGCUUGUAUGAGAAUGCAGCAGACUUUGCUUUUGCUUUAUCUUCAAUUGAUGCUAUUCAUUUUGCACUAUUUCUGAAAGAUAAUUGCCUCCUAAAGCUACCACCAUCAGAAGAUUCUAUAUCAACAUCGGAAUCAGGUUAUCUCACGUCUGUCAAAGAUAAAUACUACUUCAACACUUCAAGGAUGUUGGCUGAUUACAUAGAUCAGUUCAAAUUUUCUGAUCCUAGAGUUGCAGCUCAGUAUAUCAUUCAUAUGAAGUCACCCGACAGUGUGAGUAGCAUUGAGCUAUGUAAAAGCUUUUUGGAGAAUCUUGUCCUGGAUACAAGGGAGUAUGCAUUACUUCUGGGCAAGGUCAAUGAAGAUGGUUCUAAACUUUGUGGUCUGAUUGAAAAGCUCUAUCCACUCGUUGAUAACACUGACCCACAAGAUUUCAUUUUGCAUGUAGCCGAUGCCGCUUCCAGGCGUACAUCCAGUGAUUCCAAAGACUUUGAUAACAUACAGCUAUACAUGUUAUUGAAUCAACCUGGAAAGAUAUUCGACAUGUUGAACAAGCAAAUCUCAGAUGUACUAAGUGCAACUCCAUAUAAUCAAGAAAUAGCAGGAUUGGAAGAUUUCACAGGCUUUGAUCCAAUUUUGCUAGCUUAUAAGCUGAUAAAUAGCUACAAAUCAAACUCCGAACAGUUCGUUGAGAGAGCAAGGGAUGUUUGUGUAACGUUGACGUCUAUUUUUGAGAUUAAAGGCCUGGUUACAAAGAAGUUAUGGACAGAAGCACUUAACGCAAUAAAGGACUUAGAUAUAAUACCAUUGAAAGAUGAGGUGUUAUCAAGAGAGAAAGCUAAUGAGUACCCGAUAAUUGAUAGUAAUAUCGCUAAAUGUAUUCCAAAUUUAUUAGUUCUUACAAUGCUCACUCUGAAAAAUAAGCAUGUAUUAUCAGGCACAAGUACUAGUGACAAAAACAGUUAUAUUGAAAUGGCAAAGUCUCUAAUGGUUUAUGCUGGUCUAAUUCAGUAUAAGAUGCCAAGGGAUACCUAUGCGAUUUUAAACAAAUAUGAUAUAAGUAGGCUAGUUAUGACAUAA